AUGGCAACGAACGCAAAGGGGGAGAGGAAUGUCAAGAAGGCCAUGGCGAUCGACCAGCGCCGGAGGCAGCGGCAGAUGUUGGACAGGCAGAGAUCGGAGCGCAAGGACCGGGUCAUGCUGGCAAGAAUGAUGGGAGGCGAGGAGGAAGGGGAAGAUGAGAGGCAGGCACCAGCAGCCAGCCCUGAAGGGCAGGCAGACUCCAAGUCGAAGGCGAGCAGAGCACACAACCGGAAGCAGGUCGAUCUCGACGAGGACACAUGGAAGGGCAAGAUGAUGAUGCCGGAUUGGAUGAUAGAAGUCCCUGACGAGCUGCAGAACAAGUGGCUCGUUGCUCCGAGACCGCAAGGGUGCUGGAAAGGUCAUGCGGUGUACGAUUGUUCUGCAGACUUCAGACUGUUCUGGUUACAGCAGAAGAUUUCGGAGGAUGCUGCAUUUGCCGCUCAAUUCCACGAGCACAACAACCCGUUUCCCUUGCACAUCCUCCCAUGGUACUUCUGCGAUAUGAAUGGGAUCGAAUCAGCGUAUAGGACCUUGAGUUGUCCAUUCGUCAGGGAUGGUUUGCAGUUCCUGCACAGAGAAAGCCACUAUGAGAUUGGACUCACUCCCUUAAUGCUGCUGUGGAAAGACAUGCAAUGUGGUCAGGUCGUCUGCCUACGAGUAAUGGAGGAUGGAGCAUUGACCACGAGCGACGAUCCUGCUGUUGUGAUUACAAGGGCGCCCGAUGAGCAGAAACAGAUCAUUCAGACAAACUCUGACAAGCUUGCGUUGUUCAAGAUCGCCGGGAUCAGCAUCACAUACCCAGACAACUGCAAUGAGAUGUCCGUCAGCGGGCCGCCAGACGUGACGGUGGAGGCGAUCGAAUUCUUCUCUCCUGCAGCUGCUAAGAGGGCUGAUGCGGAUUCGUUGAGCAAAGCGCUGUUUCAACAAGCUCUUCGCACGCAGCCGUUGAGCAUCGAGGACAUCGUUAACACCGCCAUGGCUCAAGUUGCAUGCUGUGCUCCAUGA